AUGACUAAGAAAAAAAAAGAUGACAAUGAAAGUAAUAAAACAGAUUUAGAAGAUAUAAAGAAGAAAUUAGAAGAAUUAAAAAGUAAAACAGAGAUUCCAGAUGUAAAAUUAGGGAUUGUAGCUAAAAAUGUAGAUCCCUUUAAUGAUUUAAAGUUACAUAUUUUAAAUAUAUUGGAUGAAACGAGAAAAUGUAUAAGAGAAAAAGAAAAUACUCAAAAAUUUUACGGAAACAACAUGGAAGUUAUAAAGAGGGGAAAUAUAAUUUAUAAUAAUAUGAAAAAUGUAGACGUAUAUUUCACAAAAUUAGAAGAAAUUUUGAAUAAACAGUUAAAGCAGAAACACCUUUUUAAUCAAGAGGAAUUAUGUGAUAAAAAUGAAACUUUCGAUUUACUAAAAAAACAAAUUUAUGAAUGCAAAAAAUUAAGUAAUUAUAAUGAAAUUAAAUAUGCAGCUCCAAUGGAUUUCAAUGAAUUUAAAAAUAAACCAAACUUAGAAAGAAAAGAAAUGAGUGAUAUUACUCAUGAUGAAGAUGAUUUAAUUAUAAUUAAUAGAUGGAAAGAGAGAGACAAACAAUUUAAUGAAGAGAUUCUACAAAUAGGUGAAGUAAUUGAUAAAAUAGGUGAUAAUGCUGUUACUAUUACUCAAAAGGCAGAACAACAAAAUGAAAUAAUUUUAAAUUUACAAGAUCAGACAGAUAAGGCACAUGAUAAUGUUAAGGAAGCUAAUAUAGAAAUUAAAAAAGUUAUGAUAAAACAAACACAAGCAACAUGGUGCUGUAGAAUUUCCCUAAUUAUUACUUUGCUUAUAUUAAUAGUAUUAACUUUAUCUAUAAUAUCAAAUAAAUUUAUAAAAAAUUUAUAA